GGGCUAGCAAGAGCCAUGGGCGGCCGUAGCCGCGGCAAAGCGGCGGCGACGCUGCUGCUGCUGGUGGGGCUGCUGCAACUGGGCGCUGUGGCGCAGGUUGGGCGCUGGACAGAAUUUGAUAUUUUCCUCCCACAUAGAGAUAACAUCACAGUUUUUAUAGAACGUGGGACUGUACCUCCGCCAACAAAUGCCUGCAACAUUAUUUUCCAGAGAAGACGCUCCUUCACAUUGAUCAUCAAACCUGGGGAAAGAGCCAUCUUUAGCUUUGAUUGCCCUGAUCCAGCAAAGCAUUAUGUCCUGGAAGUCCAGAAGAGUAUUGAUUGCAUGGCAGGUCCGUGUCCUUUUGGAGAAGUACAGCUCCAGCCUUCGAGAUUACCUGCCCUAAACAGGACGUUUAUCUGGAAUGUGAAAGCUAGCCCAAAAGUUGGCCUUGAGCUGAAGUUCUCCAGCCCUCGGCUGAGACAGAUUCGUCCAGGAGACACUUGCCCAGACUUGGUUACCUAUAGCAUCAGUGGCUCUAUUGAGAAGACAGCUGCCAACAUUGGAACCUUCUGUAGCAAUGGCACAAUCUCACAAAUCAAAAUGCAAGGAGGAGUCAAGUUGGCCUUACACUUACCAUGGAAUCAAAAUAGAAACUUUUCCGGUUUUAAUAUUACAAACCGGUCUUCUAUAAAACGACUCUGCAUCAUUGAAUCCGUGUUUGAAAAAGAGGGCUCAGCAACCCUGAUGUCUGCCAACUACCCCGAGGGGUUCCCAGAAGAUGAGCUCAUGUCAUGGCAAUUUGUCAUCCCCCCUUACCUCCGAGCCAGUGUAUCUUUCCUCAACUACACCCUCUCCAACUGUGAGAGGAAGGAGGAAAGGGUUGAGUACUAUAUCCCAGGAUCACUCACUAAUCCAGAGGUGUUUCAACUUGGAGAUAAGCAGCCUGCUAACAUGGCUGGAAACUUCAACCUGUCUUUGCAAGGCUGUGAUCAGGAUUCCCAAAACCCUGGAGCCCUCCGACUGCUCUUUCAAGUUUUGGUUCAGCACCCUCAGAAUGAAGGCAAUAAGGUCUACACCAUUGACUUGAGAAGUGAAAAAUCCAUGUCACUGACCAUCGAGCCAAAACCACUCAGGACAAACCGGCACUUUGUUCCUGCCUGCUUAAUCUGUGAGGGGCCCACAACAUGCAGCCCCAACUUGACCCUGACAUCUGGCAACAAAUAUGAGAUUUCUUUCCUUUGUGAUGAUAUGACCCGCCUAUGGGUCCAUGCGGAAAAGACAAUCAGUUGCGCAGACAGUGGAUACUGUAGCAGGAAGAGCUACCAACUUCUUGUUGCCAGUGACAUCAUCCAGCUGCCUGUUCAGCUACGUGACUAUACGUGGAAGCUGCUAGUUCCAAAGGACAAAUUCAGCCUCCAGUUGACGCCUGCCCAGAAGCUUCAGCAGCACACUCACGAGAAGAACUGUGAAACCACGUUCAGUUAUUUACUGGCCAGUGCUGUUCCAGGCCAGAACCUCUAUUUUGGCUCCUUUUGUCCCGGGGGGUCAAUUGAGAAAAUUCAGGUGAAAACGAACAUCUCCGUGGUCCUCAAAACAUUCUUACCAGGGUUCUCUAGAGAAGCUUUCAGACAGGGGAUGACGGUGACAUUUAUACACUCUCUCAAAGAUGAAGGUGUUUUCACUGUGACACCAGACUCCAAAGCCAAAGUUUACCUGCGGAGCCCUAACUGGGAUCGAGGCCUGCCCCCUUUAACCUCAGUAUCCUGGAACAUCUCAGUCCCCAACAAUCAGGUGGCCCACCUGACAUUCUCCAAGGAGAGAAUGGGCGUGUCCUGUGAAACAGGCAGGGCCUUCAUGAUCAUCCAGGAGCAAAAGGCAAAGGCAGAAGAAAUUGUCAGCCGAGAUGAUGAACCACUACCCAAGCCUAGAGAUUUACAUCACAACUUCUGGGUCAACAUUUCCAACUGCAGCCCAAUGAAUGGCAAACAGCUAGAUCUUCAAUUCUGUGUGUCUCUCACCCCAAAGAAGAUGGACAUGACGGUGAUCAUCCUUGCUGCUGUGGGUGGUGGAGCAACACUCCUCUUUGCUCUGGGGCUCCUCAUUUGUUAUGCCAAAAAGAGUAAGAAAAAGAAGGUUGGCAAAGGCCCUGCAGUGGGCAUAUACAAUGGCAAUAUCAACACUCAGAUGCCCGAGAAGACCGGGAAGUUCCACAAAGGGCGCAAAGACAAUGACUCCCACGUCUACGCAGUCAUCGAUGACACCAUGGUGUAUGGGCAUUUGCUCAAUGUCUCAAAUGGGUCCUUCACCGGUCCGGAAGUGGAUGUGUAUCGACCCUUCCAGGGCCCCAUGGGGGAUAUACCUCCUUCCCCACCUCCCAUCUGCUCCAGGAUCUCUACAAGGAAACUACACCCGGAGGACCCUCUCCCAUUCUUCCUUCCUGAGUCUGAUGGGGAACCUUAUACUUUCUCUCAUCCCAAAUCAGUAGAGGUCAAAGGGAAUGGAGACAACGAUAUACCUUUACUGGAAAAGAAGGAGCUAGAAGAUAUCAUGGAAUAACUUGGAAUCACCCUCUCCCCCACAAAAGACUCCCUCAAAAAGCACAUGGUAACUCCGCCCAGAGGCUUAUGAGUCAUCCUUGUAGGAAAGCAAGGAAAAAGGAACUUUUAUGGUAGAACCAGGAGGGUAAAUUUCCUGAAAAUAUCUCCAGAUGAACUCAUUUUAGUGGUGUCAAAUUGAUAACCGCUUUUUUUAAAAAUUUGGAUACAAUGAUCAGAGUUCACAGUUUUAUUAAAAACUUGCAUGGGAAAUAAAGACUAAAUGAUCUGGGAUUCCCUGGCCUAUGCAUGUAGGACAGUGGAACCAGAAAGUGUGAGACCCCAGGAAUGCAGCAGAAUCGUUCUGCUCUGGAGGCUCUGAAGAGUGAAGGGACUUCGCCACAUCAUCUAGAGGGCUGAGUUCUUGGAUCUUGGUGCCUACAUUGGCCCAUUUCAUGAAUUUGGGAGUAUGACUCUUCUCCGAUGGGGGUGCAGAUGUGGCUGUUUUGGUUUUUUUUUUUAAACUUAUUUGCUUGUGAAUUUAAAAGUCAGAAAGGGUAAAGAAUCCUCCUCAGUAGCUUAGCAAGAAAGAUGUGCUGAUUAUCUGGGGCGGCUGGGUUUGGGAUUCCAUUAACCCAGAGGCAAAAAAAAAAGUGAUCACCAUGGCUUCUUUCAAAGUUAAAGUAUUUUGGAUUCUGUUUGACCAGUUGAGUUAGAUACAUCAUUUCUGCAGAUAGGAUCCAUAACAUCAUCGACUUAGAGGUGGAAAGGCCUUUAGAGGCGUCUAGUACAAGCCCCUCACUUUACAGAUGAGAAAACUGAGGCUCAAAGAGAAGUAGCUAUACAUAUACACACACAUACACAUACAUACACAUAUAUAUGUAUAAAUACAUAUACAUACAUGUGUUCAUAUGAUUCAAUAUAUUGAUGACUGGUCCCCUUUUCCCCUUUUAUUCGCCCAUGGUUCUCUAGCCCCCACUGGCAAUUAGAAGGAGCCCCACCCUCUAGACCUGUAUUUAUUAAAGGAAAAAAGAAAAAAAGCAAUAAAAUCCAACCAGUUUUUUUUAAUUCA